AUGGGGGCCGGAGCGAGCGCAGAGGACAAGCACUCCAAAGAACUUGAGAAGAAACUCAAGGAGGACGCAGAGAAGGACGCCAGGACAGUCAAGCUGCUGCUUCUGGGUGCUGGAGAAUCAGGAAAGAGCACAAUCGUGAAACAGAUGAAAAUUAUCCAUCAAGAUGGUUACUCUCUUGAGGAGUCUAUGGAGUUUGUCACCAUCAUCUACAGCAAUACCCUUCAGUCCAUCAUGGCUAUUGUAAAGGGUAUGACUCAACUCAACAUUGGCUAUGGUGACUCCGCUCAGCAGGACGACUCCAGGAAGCUCAUGCACCUGGCAGACACCAUUGAGGAGGGCUCCAUGCCCAAGGAGCUGUCUGACAUAAUCAUUCGGCUGUGGAAGGACACUGGCAUCCAGGCAUGCUACGACAGGGCCUCUGAGUACCAGCUUAACGACUCUGCUGGAUACUAUCUGAAUGACUUGGAGAGGCUGGUCCAGCCUGGAUAUAUCCCCACUGAACAGGACAUGUUGCGAUCCAGGGUAAAGACCACUGGUAUCAUAGAGACCCAGUUCGGCUUAAAAGAUCUCAACUUCAGGAUGUUUGACGUGGGCGGCCAGCGCUCAGAGAGGAAGAAAUGGAUCCACUGUUUUGAGGGAGUGACCUGUAUUAUCUUCAUCGCUGCUCUGAGCGCCUACGACAUGGUGCUGGUGGAGGAUGACGAAGUGAACCGAAUGCACGAGAGUCUCCACCUGUUCAACAGCAUCUGCAACCACCGCUACUUUAUAGCCACCUCCAUCGUACUCUUCCUCAACAAGAAAGACGUCUUCACCGAGAAGAUCAAGAAGGCUCACCUGAGCAUGUGCUUCCCCGACUACGACGGCCCCAACACCUAUGAGGAUGCUGGUAACUACAUCAAACUCCAGUUCCUGGACCUGAACUUGCGGCGAGAUAUCAAGGAGGUCUACUCACACAUGACCUGUGCCACAGACACAGAGAACGUCAAGUUUGUGUUUGACGCCGUAACUGACAUCAUCAUCAAAGAAAACCUAAAAAGCUGUGGUCUCUUCUAA